GUAAACCGGAAGUGAACGGGGCUCAUCCGGUUUAGCGGCGCGGACGGAGCUGUCCGGGGAUUCCUGAGCGGUCCCAGAGGGUCCUGGGGUAUCUGGGGAUCCCUGAGCGGUCCCGGAGGGGCCGGGGGUGUCCAGCCGGGGGUCCCUGAGGGGCUGGGGGUCCCCGGGCCGGGGGCCCCGGCGCUGCCGCGAUGUCGAUGUCGCACCUGUACGGCACGGACGGUGCCGAUGGCGUGGAGAUGGAGAAUUUCGAGGUGUCGGACUGGGACCUACAGAACGAGUUUAACCCGCACCGGCAGCGGCACCGCCAGACCAAGGAGGAGGCGAUCUACGGCGUGUGGGCCGAGCGCGACUCGGACGAGGAGCGGCCGAGCUUCGGCGGGAAGCGCUCCAGGGAUUACUCCGCCCCCGUGAGCUUUGUCAGCGCCGGGCUCAGGAAGGCGGCGGCCGAGGAACAGUCAGACGAGGACUCAGAUGAGGAUGAGAAACCUGGGAAGCAGGAGGAGAUCCCCAAGGAGUUCGUGCCCAAGAAGCUGAAAACAGGAGGAAAUUUCAAGCCCAGCCAGAAAGGCUUUGUAGGGGGCACCAAAUCUUUCAUGGAUUUUGGCAGCUGGGAGAGACACACUAAGGGAAUUGGGCAGAAGCUUCUCCAGAAGAUGGGAUAUGUCCCUGGAAGAGGUCUUGGGAAGAAUGCUCAAGGCAUCAUCAAUCCCAUCGAGGCCAAGCAGAGGAAAGGCAAAGGUGCCGUGGGGGCCUAUGGCUCUGAGAGGACCACUCAGUCCCUGCAGGACUUCCCUGUGGUGGACUCAGAAGAGGAAGCUGAGGAGGAAUUUCAGAAGGAGCUCAGUCAGUGGCGGAAGGACCCGAACGGAGGCAAGAAGAAGCCCAAGUACAGCUAUAAGACAGUGGAAGAGCUGAAAGCCAAGGGCAGGAUCAACAAGCAGCUUGCAGCCCCUCAGAAGGAGCUGUCCCAGGUCAAGGUUAUAGACAUGACGGGCCGGGAGCAGAAGGUUUAUUACAGCUACAGCCAGAUCAGCCACAAGCACAACAUCCCAGAUGACAGCCCCCAGCAACCCCUGGGCAAGGACUCCAAGCCCCAGGGGUUCGCCCUGCCUGAGCUGGAGCACAACCUGCAGCUGCUGAUCGACAUCACGGAGCAGGAGAUCAUCCAGAACGACCGGCAGCUGCAGUACGAGAGGGACAUGGUGGUCAACCUGAGCCACGAGAUCCAGAAGAUGUCCGAGGUGCUCUCGCACGAGGAGAAGGCCAUCAGCAACCUCAGCAAGGUGCUGGACAUGGUGGAGGAGUGUGAGAGGCGGAUGCAGCCCGGCUGUGAAAACCCUCUGACCUUGGAUGAGUGUGCAAAGAUUUUUGAGACACUUCAGGACAAGUACUACGAGGAGUACAGGAUGUCAGACAGGGUGGACCUGGCAGUGGCCAUAGUUUAUCCUCUCAUGAAGGAUUAUUUCAAGAACUGGGAUCCCCUCAAGGACUGUUCCUAUGGCACAGAGAUCAUAGCCAAGUGGAAGAGCCUUCUGGAAAAUGACCAGCUGUUAUCCCACAGUGGGCAGGACCUGUCGACGGAUGCUUUCCACAGACUGAUGUGGGAGAUCUGGAUGCCAUAUGUCAGAAACAUUGUGGCACGGUGGCAGCCAAGGAACUGUGGAUCCAUGGUGGAUUUCUUGGAUAGCUGGGUAAACGUUGUUCCUGUGUGGAUACUGGAUAACAUUCUGGAUCAGCUCAUCUUCCCCAAGCUACAGAAGGAGGUUGAAAGCUGGAAUCCGCUGACAGACACAGUCCCGAUCCACUCCUGGAUCCACCCCUGGCUGCCCCUGAUGCAGGCACGGCUGGAGCCACUGUACUCUCCCAUCAGGAACAAGCUGGCCAAUGCCCUGCAGAAGUGGCAUCCCAGUGACUCCUCUGCCAAGCUCAUCCUUCAGCCCUGGAAGGAUGUGUUCACUCCUGGCUCGUGGGAGGCUUUCAUGGUCAAAAACAUUGUGCCUAAACUAGGGAUGUGUUUGAACGAGCUCAUCAUCAACCCUCACCAGCAGCACAUGGAUGCCUUUUACUGGGUGAUCGACUGGGAGGGGAUGAUUUCUGUCUCCAGCCUUGUUGGGCUGCUGGAGAAACACUUCUUCCCAAAGUGGCUGCAGGUGCUCUGCUCUUGGCUCAGUAACAGCCCCAACUAUGAAGAGAUCACCAAGUGGUACCUGGGCUGGAAGUCCAUGUUCUCAGACCAGGUGUUGGCACAUCCCUCCAUCAAAGACAAGUUUAAUGAGGCUCUGGACAUCAUGAACCGGGCCGUGUCCUCCAGCGUGGGGGGGUACAUGCAGCCGGGGGCCCGGGAGAACAUCGCCUACCUGACACACACGGAGCGGCGCAAGGACUUCCAGUACGAGGCCAUGCAGGAGCGGCGGGAGGCCGAGAACAUGGCCCAGCGUGGCAUCGGCGUGGCUGCCAGCUCCGUGCCAAUGAACUUCAAGGACCUCAUCCAGACCAAGGCUGAGGAGCACAACAUUGUGUUCAUGCCUGUGAUCGGGAAGCGGCACGAGGGGAAGCAGCUGUACACAUUCGGCCGGAUCGUCAUCUACAUCGACAGGGGCGUGGUGUUCGUGCAGGGGGAGAAGACGUGGGUGCCCACCUCCCUCCAGAGCCUCAUCGACAUGGCCAAGUGAGGCCUUGCUGGGGACCCAGAGACCUUCCCGGGGAAUAGCUUUAGUGUAACUCUUAGAAUAAAGAAGUUACAGGUUUGUAAAUAGUGAAACUGAAGCUGUAUGCCAGAAUGGUUUCUGUUCUGGAAGAGCUGUUCAGGCAGUGUUGAGAGCAGGUUUCCCAACCUGGAAACCCAGGCUGAGGGAGGAAAAAGGAGUUCCAACACAUGUGCACUUGCCACCUGUGACAGAGGUUCAGCAGCAGGUUAGAAGGGAACAUGGAAGGUGAUUCCCUGAUCCCAGAGACAAGCAAGGGCUGGUCUAGCUGAGUCCCAAGAGUAUCCAGUGACAGAUGUCACAGCUUCUGCUGCCUGUGCACUGCACUGGCAGUGAGUUGCUGUCCCCAUGCCCCUCACACAGUGGACUCCUCUUUGCCACAUGCAGCCAGGACCUGUCCCACCUCUCUCCCUCAGCCUGGUGCCUGUGGGCCAUCAAACACUCUAGGUGCUCCCUCUGCCCUAUCAGUGCAGAGCUGGAGCAGGGGGAUUUCUCCCAGCAAACUCACAGAAGGUGCUUUGGGACCACAGUGGUUCAGGGCACACAGAGGUGAGGGAGGAAACCCGAGGCUUUUGUCCCUGGAGGGAGCUGACCUGGUUGUUCACUGAACAGAUGGAGAACUGAACUCAGCAGCACUGAGCAGCUCUCGGAGCUUUUACAAGCCUGCACUGGGAACUAGAUACCAACACCUCCAGCUGCUAAUUCCUCUCAGAUAAUUCCCUCUUCCUCAUGCUUUGAGAUGUGAGUAGUAUGUGCAAAGGCCUUGAAUUGUUCAUGCAAGGGGAGAGAAUCAAAGAGCACUCACUGCAGUACAGAUGGUUCUAAAGGCAGGUUUUAGGGGAAUUAGUUUGCUGUAGUUCAGUGAGUGCAAGUCAAAGCUCAGCUU